GGCUUGGGCUCAAUAACUGGGGAUUCAGUGCACAAGCAGGAGCAGCAGUAGUAGAGAGAGACUGGAGGGAUUCUCUUCUCCUUGUCAGUUCCUGCUCUCCCUGUGUUGGACCUUCACCCUUCUCCCAGCGCAUGUCGUGCACCUAGCCAUGUGGCCAUAUGUGUCCCAGAGUAACCUGGACAUGGCUGCAACGUAUGGACCCUUGGAAAACUAUGGGAACAGCCGAUGCAGCAGCACUAUGGACCCUUCUACCAGUAAUUUAGGCAGCUCCAUUACAGCAUGUAAGAAAAUCCUGUGUACCAGCCGACCUGGAGAGUCAUUGGAUUACUGGCUACAGAACUCUAGGAAUCUGUGCAGGAUAGGACUUAUUGAAGAAAGGUUGGAAACCCACUGCACAUCAGUAUGUUUUGUGAAUCUCAGUUUUAUGAAAGAGGAUUCAAGCCAUGACAUUUUAAAAAAGAAAUUGCUAGAUGUGUCUGCAGACAUCCCCAAACUAAUGACGUCAAUAAAGGCACAGGAGUUAAAAGAAAAUGAGAUGAUAUUGUUGAGUGGAUUAACAUCGGGGAGGCUCCGUCCGGGGACUGAGGGCCAACAAGUGUCCUGGCCAACAGAGAUCUGUCUUCUGCAAUACAUGAGAGCCCUUGGGAAAAGCAGCCCUUCCUGCAUCCUCUUGGAGCUGAAUAAAUUUCUUUUUGGCUUCGAGCUGGCACAAGAGAAUACUCUGCAUCAUGACAGCUCCCCCUUGCAAGCUGAGGAUGACACUAACUGCUCGGUGUCCUCCAUUGAGGAAGAUUUCCUGACUGCCUCUGAGCAGCUAGAAGAAAGCGAAGGGGAGAACUGCAGGGGAGAGCCUCCUGAUGAAAGUCUUCAGAGCAUAAACAGAAGAGAGACACACUCUAAACUGGGAAAAUACAAAGACCACAUAGAAGCUGCCAAUGAGACUUUCUAUUCAAACCAAGCUCCGGUGAAAAUAUACCAAAGAGAGGAGUCACUUGGAGAGCUUUUCCUGGAGGGAGUACAGCAAAAACACAAAUCAAAUGAAAGCAGCCUUUGUUCAUUUAUGGAUAAUCAUGAAGAAAACAAAAAUGUAAACAGACAUUGUCUUCAUGGUCUGUGCAAUGUGGACAUAUGCAAGGAGCAAGAUGUAAAGGAAAAAAAAGAUUACACAAUGGUAUGUACUUCUGAUCAUAUUGGUGAACCUGCUACCACUGGCCAGUAUGCAACUAACCUAGCCGAAUGUGUAUUACAAGAUGCAUUUAUUAGAUUGUCACAGCCAGAAACUUCUUUCACCAAGGAGGCAGCCGUAUCGAUUUCAGCUAGAGACACUUUGACUUUUGGAAACUUCACCAAACAAGAUGCUCCCCUAGCUUCUCGUUCAUGGAACGAACUCCCUAAAAUUGUUAUAGUUCAAAGCCCAGACAGCUAUGAAAAUCCAACAGAGUGGACAGACGAAUCUCACUGGCCAGAGCAGGAAAGUCCUAUGAAUGAUUCUGAAAUGUGCACAGAUGAGAAUGGUUCUGUUGUUUCCACGAAAAACACUUUAGAAAUGGCCUUAGCUUGUGCUGCAUCAGUAAUUGGAACCAUCACAAGCCCUCACACUGCCAAGAAAAUAAAAAUAGAACAUGAGGGACACAUGGAUUUAGAUAAAAAUACAGAUGAGCAGCAAAGAGACAGAGUAGGACCUUCAAGCAUCACUUUGGGGCCUGAUUAUUCUGUACCCUCUGCAUUGUGUGAAAUGACCCAGGUGGCAAGUGCAGUAGCAGUUUGUGGUAUUGGAGAACAAAAACAGAUCUCUUAUCCAACUACGGCCAGUGGACUUCUGGCAGCUGCUGAUGCCUCCACAGCUGUGACUCUGCAUUGCAGCAUUACAUUGGGGAGCAGCUUGGAAACACUAAAAGACAACAUUGCAAAGGUCUUGCUUAGCGAAGCCUCGAUGGUAUUGACCAGUCCUUGCACCUACAGGAAUAUUGGGGAGUUUAUAGAAUGUUUGAAUGAAAGGAUCAUGACUAGUGUCAACUCGUCCAAACUGACACAUGUAGAGGAUGUUGUUAAUGAUGAUCUGGCUCAUAACUUGUCUGAUGCAAUCCUAAGAUAUUCUGCAGAGAAAGCUACACAGAGACUACAUAGUGAUGAUGGCAAGGGCAAAUCUGGGACACAAGGUGCUUUUGUUGCAGCAGCAACAGAAAUACUUUUUAAUGUGAUGCAUUUCACCUGUAAAAAGAUGGGUGACUUGGUACAGUCAGGGGAUCUGCCAUUUGACUUGAAAGAUGAUAAAAACAACACUACUAAUUCACAGAUAGAAGAGAGUCAAAGUCUUGGAUUGGUAGAUGAUAUCACAGUAGCUCAAAAGACAGAGGACCUACAGAAUAGGACCAGGCAACAUCAGAUUUGCAAGAACAGCCCGGAUAUAAAACAUGAACAUUUGGAACAUAAACUUUCCCAGUAUGAGACCACUGAAGCUGAUGCACCAGCAGAACUAUACAACAGAAACAGUGGCCAAACCAAUCUGCAAAUGAAAAUGUCAUGUACUAAACCAUAUAUAAAAAGGGAGAUGUACAGACGCCAUCACAAUGAGCACAGAGUUUUCUUAUCCAAAGAGAGCACCAUGAAUGCAGAAGAACUCAAGCACUCUAGCCAAGAUAAUGGAUCAAUGGAAGGAGUGACACGUUUUGGAAGCCAGGAAAAACUUAAUUCCGAGCCCAGUGUAAUAAAGGACUUCUCUUCAAAUUCAAGCUCGCCAAUUAAUUACAUGCUACAUCCAUCACACGCUGCGAUUCCAGUGAAACACGCAGCCAAUAAUUACUGUUUAACAGACUUUGCAGAUGACUUAGCAGAAACUGUUGUUUCUAUGGCCACUGAAAUUGCAGCAAUUUGUCUAGAAAAUUCCCAUGGAAAGCAGCCAUGGUUUUGUGCUUGGGCAAAAAGUAGCGAAUGCCUCAUCCCACCAUGUCGAACUGUGAAAAGAAAAAAAGACACAUCCUCUGGUGGAUCUGUAGUAAGGAGGCACAGGCCACCUCGCCUUAGUGAAAUUAAAAAGAAAACAGAUGAGCACCCAGAGCUAAAGGAACGGCUUAUGAACAGAGUGGUAGAUGAGUCCAUCAACCUUGAGGAUGUGCCUGAUGCUGCCAAUGCUUUUACCAAUGAAGUGGCUGCAAAAAUUAUGAAUCUAACUGAGGCAUCGGUAGCAGACGCGCUGUGGCAAGGACAAAACGUGUCACGCAACAGGUUACACUGUGACAGGUGGAGCAGGGGUAAAGCAUCUAGUUAUGAAAGCAUCCCAGAGGAAGACUCCGAUGCUAAGGGUCUUCCCAACACCUUGGAUCCAAGUAGCAUUUUAGGGCUGCCAUUCAGCAGGACAAGCUCAGUGUCAAAGCAGUCCAGCUGCGAAAGCAUCACUGAUGAAUUCUCUAGGUUUAUGGUCAACCAAAUGGAAAAUGAGGGCAGGGAGUUUGAACUGUUAUUAGAUUAUUAUGCUGGGAAAAAUGCAGCUAACAUCAUGAAUUCUGCAUUACAGCAAGCCUCAAAAAGAAACAAUCACUUGAAUGUUAAAACAAGUUGCCUGUCUAAGCAGUCAAGCACAGAGAGCAUAACAGAAGAGUUCUACCGGUAUAUGUUGAAAGAAAUAGACAAAGAAAACAAAGAAAUGUCCAACAGGAACACAGCAGCGUGGACAAGCAGUUUGCGGCCUCCAACACCCCGCACUCCAUUCUGCUUUCGGCAGUCUUCUAUGCCGUGUAAUCGAUCUUCAAGCGCCCGUUUGACAGUGAACACUCCGGUCAAAGCAAAUUCUUUGGAUGGGUUUGCAAGAAGUGGCUCACAAGAUUUUCUCUAUCUGCAGCCUGCCAGUGCUAUGUCCUCUGUCAACCUUUGCAAAUCGGACUCUUGCCUCUACCAAAGAUGCCAGACGGACCAAGUCACGGAUAUGUUAAUUCAUGAAACAUGGUCUAGCUCUAUUGAGGACCUAAUGCGCAAGAACAAGAUCAUAGUAGACAGCCCUGAAGACAGUGAUGUAGAUUUAUCUCCAAAAGGUUCCCCGGCCCAUGUGGACAAUUAUGCUAAUAAACUAGCUGCUGAUAUUGUCCAAAGUGGUAAAUGUCUCCUGGUUUCACAACAGGAUUCCCUAGAGGACUCAAAUAAAGGAGGCUUAAGUUAUAGGAAUACAUCCCAAGGUCAGCACAAAGAUACAGACAAACAAGGCUUUGAGAGCGAAAAUGUAAUGACAAAGAAAUCUCUGACUGCUCACCAGCCUGGUUUAUGUUUUGGCCCCAGGGAUGUACCACUUAUACAGAUCGAAACAGAACAAAGGGAUGAGACGGAGGUAGAGGAUAAAGGAAACAUUCUGGAUUUGACCUUUUCAGAAGAUUCCAAAUCUUCAAAACAAGAAGGAGAGAGAAACGUAUUCUCGGCAGAAGUCAGAGAUGUGCAGGGGAGAACCAAACAGGGAAAAACAAACCCUCAGCCCCCUACUCCAGCAAGCAGCAGUGAGGACAGCACAGGCAGCUGGUCACAACUGGCCAAUGAGGAGGAAAAUCCAGAGGAUUCCAGUAGUUUCCUGCACUUGAGUGAGCGCUCCAUGAGUAACAGUAACAGCAGCACCACCAGCAGUGCAGGAGCCAUGGACCUGGAAGCCUACCUGGAGGUAGUUUCAACCACUCCUUGCGCUAACAUAAAUGCAGAAGAAAAACAAUUGACCAAAGAUCUGCAGGACAAUCUAGAUGAAUGUACCUCUGGGCUAUCUGUGGGCACAGCCAGUUAUCAACAUGAAGUCUCUGUCAUAAACAUUGACCUGGAGUCAGACUGUACAGAAUCGGAAUUACACACAACCUUGCAGUGGAUCGCUGCCUCAGAACUGGGAAUUCCUGCCGUCUUCUUUAGGAAAUCUCAGGAACAGAAUAUCCGAAAGUUCCUGGAAGUCACACAUUUAGUUCAAGCAAAGUCCUGGAAAGUGGGAGACAUCUUCAGCGCCUUGGUUCUUCAUUGCAAGAUGCAAAAGCAGGGGAGCAAAACUUCACCCAGUUUUUUUGACUGGCUUCUGGAACGUGGCUAAAGAACAUUAGCAAUCUCCAACAACCAGGUGUCAGCCAUGAGGUUCUAGACCCCCCUGUCUCAUCAGUCCAUAGACAGGCAACAGUGUACAGCGACAGAAAUAGCAUUGCCAGAUUGUAUAUUUAGAAUGUAUUAGAAAUGCGUUUUCUAGGGCAAUUGGAACAUUAUUAUUAAUAUUUUUCUAAUAAAUAUAAAUAAGAUGUAUAUAUAUACAUACAAACUCACACACAUAAAUAUAUAUUGAAUAGAGCACCUUUAAACUGGCUGUGUUUGAGUGGACUGUGAACAUUUUUUUACAGUAAUGGGACAUUUGAUUUUAAUUGGCUCUAAAAUGUGCGCUUGACUUAUUCUUCACUUCUUGAUAUUUUGUUAAGCUGUGAAAUGGAUAGAAGUACCAGCCAGUUCCGGACUGCAGAAGGAUCUACCAGGCGUUUUGAGUAAAUGUUAAAUUGCAUUUUGGAAAUGUAUAGGAUUUUGCCAGCACCAAAAGAUUGUAAUUAUAUUUUAUAAAAUGUGAGAGAAGAGAUUAUACUGGACAAUAGGAUUCCUUAUUCAGGCGGCAGCAAAAGGUAUAUAUAUAUAUAAAUAUAAGUGCAUAUAUAGCAGGCUGAGACUAACAGUUUGAUAGUACAAAGAAACACUGUAAGGGGGUAAUUAUUCAUUAUGAAAUAUUACAGUAAAAAUGUACAUUAUGGGAGUUAUAGGAACCCGGGAUGAUGGCUGCAUGUGGCUUUGAGUAGUCAUAAAUAUAUGCUGGGCUGGGGAUUCUAUUUCUUCAAAAUAAUGACGGUUUGGAGGUAAGGGAUCUAAUUCAUCUGAAAUACAUAUAAAAGUGUAAUUAUAAAGCAAUUGAUCAUUAAUAUGCAUCAUGCAUACUGUAUACAUAGCAACGGCCAAGGAAUAUUCACAUGGCAAAAUGAUGAAUGGUAAAAGAGUAUGGGGCAGAUUUAUUACAAUUUGAACUAGGGAUUCCUAGUUUAAUCAGUAUUAUUAAAGGGAAUGUAAACCCUCAAGAGAAAUUCAUGUAAAACUGCUCUUCUGCAAUUUACAAUAUUUUUUCUUCUAGUUUUCAAGAUAUAAGCAUUAUUUUUACACUGCUGAUACAAUGAAUUUGAAACAAUGGUCAGCAGAAACGACGUUAGUGAGAAGAGGAAAGUCUUAUGAUGUUGCUCUGGUUAGAACUUAACAUAAGGAAAAUAUACUUUAUUGUUGCUGGGCAGAGAAGUAUAUUAGUGGGUCUGGUGCCCAUAGCAGUGAGGGGCAGUGUGCAUAGUGCAGGCUAAGACACAAACGAUUGGGUUGUAUGAACACUCUAUAGGGUCAUGCUUAAGAAUUUCCUGGUGCUGGAAUGAUGGGAGUGUGGACCCGCCAUGUAAUACAUUAAAGCUGGCAAUUUCUGUAUCCACAGCUGGCGUUACAGAGGCAGUUUGUGUAGCUAACCCCAGGCAGCAUAGUGAAUUCACUCAUUAAUUAAGACACUGGUUGAUGUGAAGUUGUAAUUAGGUGGACAUCUUGGUGUCCAAAUUGAUUGUUUAUUCCUUCCCCCCCCCCACAAAUUAUAUUAGCAGUAUAAAACCGCCAUUUUGGGCAUUUUUGGGCAUUUAAAAAUGUUGCAGUAUGUCAGAUUGCCAAUUCCAGCUUAUUUAAAUGAGGUGUUAAAGCUCAGCAGCUCUAAACUUUAGCAGCCUACAAAUCUGCAUUGCAUUAAUUACAAGACUUCAUUUACUAAAUAAAUUUAAUGAAUUUAAUUACAAAUGAAAGGGGUGGUUCACCUUUAAGUGCUCUGGCACACGGG